CGGCCCUCUACGCUGAGGCAGCCAUACGCGACGGACGCCUUUCUCGACUACAGCUCGUGCGCAGUCUCGAGUUCUCUACUGAGCGUCCACGCAUGCGGUGCUGUCAGCCGCCGGCAGCACGCCACUGCCGUCGCACCGCCACAGCCGCUCUACGCCCGCUGCUUCGCAGCUGCACGACCAAGGCCAGGCUCAAGGCGUCGCUCAACCUGCCAAAGACGAGCUUCUCGCUCCACGCCAAGGUGGCAGAGACGGAGCCGCGGCUCGCGCGGCAGCUGGCGGUGGAUCACUACGAGCGUCAGGCGGCGCAGCGCGGUGGCGCAGACGCGUUUGUGCUUCACGACGGGCCGCCGUACGCCAACGGCGACCUGCACAUGGGCCACUUCCUCAACAAGGCGCUCAAGGACAUCAUCAACCGCGCGGCGCUGCUCGCCGGCCACCGCGUCCACUUUCGUCCGGGCUGGGACUGCCACGGGCUUCCGAUAGAGAUGAAGGCCAUUCAGGCGGGCGAGGCCGAGAGCCUCUCGCCGCUCGCGCUGCGCGCGCGGGCGGCCGAGUGCGCGCGCGAGGCCGUCGCUGCGCAGAGGGAGUCGUUUGUGCGGUGGGGCGUGCUCGGAGACUGGGAGGCGCCGUACACGACGAUGGCGCCAGAGUACGAGGCGGCGCAGCUGGGCGUGCUGCAGGCGAUGCUGCGACGCGGCCUCCUCUUCCGGGGCGAGAGGCCCGUCCACUGGUCCCCCGCCUCGCGGACCGCACUGGCCGAGGCCGAGCUAGAGUAUGCCGACCGGCACGUCUCCACCGCCGCCCACGUCGCUUUCCCGCUGCUGGAGGGGCCGCCCGCCGCCGCCGCCGCCGCCGACUUCGACCCGUUCGACGGCGGGAGCGCGCUCGAGGGCGCGGCGGUCGUGGUCUGGACAACGACGCCGUGGACCAUCCCGGCCAACCAAGCCGUCUGCGUGCGCGAGGACCUGACGUAUGCGGUCGUCGAAGCAAGCGACGUCCAGCCCUCCCAGCUCCCCUCCGAGCCAGCACUGCCAGCGGCGGCGGAGGUCGAGGAGCGUGUGCGGGCGCAAGGCGAGGUCGUGCGAGCGGCCAAGGCUGCGCUCAAGGAAGGGCGAGGCAGCAAGGCGGAGGUGGAGGCGGGGGUGGCCGCCUUGCUGCGACUCAAGUCCGAGCUGCAGUCUGGCAAGCCCGAGCUUCAGCCUGGCGACUCCCCCCCAAACCUCAACGCCUCGCCCCUCCCCCACGGCGCGCGGCUCGUGGUCGCGGCUUCGCUCGUCGACGCUCUAAGCGAGGCGCUCGGCACACCGCUAGUGGUGGCAGCGACGCUUCCCGGCGCCGCGCUGAUCGGCCGACACUGUGCGCACCCGCUCUCGGCGCGUCCGGUGCCAGUUUUGCAUGCGGAGCACGUGACGGACGACGCGGGCACCGGGCUGGUCCACACGGCGCCGGGGCAUGGGCCAGAGGACUUUGCGGUCGGCGUCGCGCACGGCCUGGCCGCCGCUUGCCCUGUCGAUGAGAAGGGCUGCUUCACUGCCGCGACGGAGGAGGCGGCGGGCUUUGCCGGCGAGUCCGUGCUGGAUGACGGGAACGAGGCGGUGCUGACUGCGCUUCGCGAGGGCGGUUCCCUGCUCGCUGCUGCGCGGCACGAGCACCGCUACCCGUACGAUUGGCGCUCCAAGACGCCGGUCAUCUUCCGCACGACGCCGCAGUGGUUUGUGAGGCUGGGCGACUUGCGCGGCGAGGCGCUCGCCGCGCUGCAUGCGGCGUUUGUGCGAGGCCGGACGGAGUGGUGCCUUUCUCGGCAGCGGUCGUGGGGCGUGCCGCUCCCGGCCUUCUACCACGUGGAGACGGGCGAAGCGCUGCUCACCGAGGAGAGGGAGACGGUGGAGCACGUGGCGUCGCUCGUGUCGACGCACGGGAUGCGGCACGAGGCGGCGAGCUGGCGCAAGGGCGGAGACACCCUCGACGUCUGGUUCGACUCUGGCGCCUCGUGUCGUCGAUCCUCACCUACGCCGGCGCGGGAGGCGGACGGGGCGGAGGCGGAGGCGGAGCGGGCGGAGGCGGAGGCGGAGCGGGCGGAGGCGGAGGCGGAGGGGGCGGAGGCAGAGGGGGCGGAGGCGGAGCGGGCGGAGGCGGAGCGGGCGCCCCCUACGGCGCCAUCAUCACGCACGGUUUCGUCGUCGACGAGCGGGGCGCCGAGAUGUGGCGUCAAGAUGUCAAAGUCGAUCGGAAACGUCAUCACACCUGCCGAGCUGAUCGACCCGCCGCCCGCCGCAUCAGCACCGGCUGCCGCGGCGACCGGCGGCGGCGGCGGCGGCAGCGGCGACGGCGGCGGCGGCGGUGGCGGCAGCGGCGACGGCGGCGGUGAUGGUGGCGGCGGCGGCGGCGGUGGCGGGCACAAGAGCAAAAAACAGCACCGGCAGGCCCGGAAGGAAGCGGCGGCGCGCUGCGCCUUUAGGCGUGGGGCGUGCUUCGUUGAUGGCCAAAGCCUCACGAGGUUGCGGCUGAGAUUAGGCGCGCUCGCCUGCCUGCGCUCGGAUGAGUUCGCGCGGUGCGUCUGCGGGUUCGGGAAGUGCGGCGGGCACGUCUACCCGUGGGGACCGGGAGAGCUCGACGUGGUUGUGCGGUUGCACGCCAAGAGCUGGUCGUUUGGGUACGGCGGGAUGGGAUCCUUUUCGGGGUACAAUGAGGCCGUGCUCGACCCCGACUUGUGGAUCGAACACCUCCCCGCCUCCAUCGAGGCGGUAUUCUUUGUCGAUCCGGCCGACCCGGUGUGCGACAUCAAGCAGGUGCUUGAGCGGGCGAGAGAGGUGUACCGGCGGCUGCGCAACGCGUGCCGUUUCUGCCUGGGCAACCUUUCCGAUUUCGACCCGGAGGCGGACGCGCUGCCGGUGGAGCGGAUGCGGCUCGCCGACCGGCACAUGCUCCACUUGCUCGCCGAGCACUCCUCCCGCGUGCGCGAGAGCUACUCCACCCGCCAGCUGCACCGGGUGGUUGGCUCGACCCUCGCACUCGCGACGGAGCGCCAAAUCUCCCAAUAUCUCCCCAAAUCUCCCCAUAUCUCCUUCGCACUCGCGACGGAGCGCCAUAUCUCCCAAUCUCUCCCCAAAUCUCCCAAUAUCUCCCCAAUAUCUCCCCAUCUCUCCCUCGCACUCGCGACGGAGCGCCUCUGGGACGAGAGCUGCGACUCGGACCGGCUGUACUGCGGCGACGCGGACGGCGACUCGCGCCGGGCAGUGCAGACGGUGCUGCACGCCGCGCUGGACGCGCUGCUCCUCUCGAUCGGCCCGAUCACGCCCUUCCUGGCGGAGGAGGUGCACGAGCACCGCGGCGCACAGCGACCGCCGCCGCCGGUUGAGCGUGUCUGGGAGGACCUGCCGGCUUCUUGGACCGACUUCGACCUCGCGCGCCGCUGGGCGCUGGCGGAGAGGGCGCGGCGAGACGCGCUCCGAGAGACCCGUCCCGAGAGAUGCGCCUCGCCUCCGCUCCCAGAGUGGACACCCUUCCGAGGCGGACUGAGGCUGGCCGAGGCUGACCGGGACCUCUCCGUGCGGGAGGAGCUGGCGCCGCUGCUGCACGAGGCGAGGGUGGGCGGCCGGAUCGGCGGCGCGGGGGAGGCGCUGGUGGAGGCGGGCGCUGCUCGGCAGGAGGGAGGGAGCAUUGCGGCAGGCGCGGAUCACCGCUGCCCCGUCGGCGCGGAGCUCAACGAUUUGCUCGGCGUCUGCGGCACGCGUGUCGUCGGCGCCUCCGCCGCCGGUGGCGGGGGAGAGGACGCGGCGGCCGCCGUCGCCGCGUGGGGCGGGGGAGAGAUCGUGGCCGAGGGCGGCGCGGAGGGCGGCGCGGAGGGCGGCGCGGAGGGCGGCGCGGAGGGCGGGGAGGGGUGCGCCGGCUGGUCGGUGCGGCUGCUCGUGCAGCGCGCGACGGCGCCGCGGUGCGAGCGCUGCUGGAGGCACAUCCCUCCGGAGGGCGCCCUCCACGAGAGCGAGAGCGCGGUGCUGGCCGACGGCUGGCUGUACCGCGGCCACCCCGACGCGGCGUGCCCGCGCUGGCUGGAGGCGGCCGGCGAGGGAACCUCGGGAUGA